UCUUUCAAAUUUCAGGCAGCACUGCCAAUAAGUUAAUGGGAUUAAAGAUACGUUGAACGGAAGUGAAUCGUAAAAAUUCUUAUCUAAGGAAUCACCGAGAAGAGCGAUGCGUCACGCAGUUUCGGCCUCAGGGUCGGCUGCUGCCCGCCGCCUUCUGACACCCCCGGUCCCCUGCCCCCUCCCCCUCCGCCGGCCUGUCUCAGCUUGCAAGCGUAUCGCGCCCUUUCCGUCUGUCCCACCCCGUGUUUAUGAUUUGGAGAAGUGUACGCCGACAACAACAUCAACAAUAACAGCGACGAGCAACUUGAGGUUCAAAGACGUCCUUGUCCUGCCGCCCUUUGCGUCAGCCUUUUCUCCAUACUCAAGCCGCCAGUGCGAUAUCGUCCAAGGAGUGACGCGAGACAGACUCGGACGUCAGUUGAGGCCAGGACGCCAGGACGCCCACUCGGACAUGGACCCUGAGGACACCAUGGAAGCCCCCUUUCUGCAGGAUGUGUCACUCUCGUACAGGCACUUCCCCGAAGACAUAGACUUCACCAUGCUGGCCGACAUGAAGGCGCCCGGGCACUACACGUUUCUGGACGAGCCGCAGCCGCAGUACGUCUACCAGGACUACCUGGGCACCUCCUCGACCCAGCUGAUGUUCCCUCAGCAGCUGGUGUACGCCCAGCAGGCGCCGGUGCUGACGGAGAUGUUCGAGCUCGUGGAGCCCGUGCUCCCCGUCGUCAUGGCCCCCGACGCCACGACGUACCUCACCGAGGACGAGCUGCAGACCAGCACGCAGGAGAUCAUGCGCAUGUGCCUGCAGGACAGCGCCAGCAGUGACGGCUACGGCUACCCUCCGGCGGCCACGACGCCCGCGGACGCCACGGUGAGCAGCACGCUGGACCUGCAAACGGUCCCCGCCGAGGCCGAGGUGUGCACGACGUGCUUCGGCCUGUUCACCACCAAGGUUGCCCUGAGGCGACACGUCCGCGAGGUGCACCGGCCGCGGCACGUUUGCGACGUGUGCGGCAGAGGGCUGGCGACGCCGCGCACCCUGCGAGUACACAAGCUGCGGCACACCGGGGUCAAGCCGUUCACGUGCCAGCACUGCCCGGCCUCCUUCUACGAGCGGAGCUACCUGCGCACUCACGAGCGGACCAAACACCCCCAUCCCCAGACUGAGGGCAACCAGCCCCAGACCGAGAACAUCAAGGACGUGCUCAUGGACGUCGGCCUGCAAGUCGUCCACCAGCACGGCGGCGGGGAGGGCGGCGGCGUCGUCUUCAAGCGCGCGCCCGACGGUGAGGUCGUUGGCAUCGUGGCCACCCCGAGGGCCGUGGUGCAACCAGCGACGUGUCAGGGAGACAAGGACGCCGUCGACCAGGUCGCCGUCGAUCACGGACAGAGUGAGGAUGGCAUCGUGCUCCGCCUCGUCCGUUGCAAGAAUGAGGACGGCGCCUGGAAGGUGAUAAACAUCACUAAGUUCUAGUUUAGAGAAUUCUCUAGUGUACUGCUCACCUGUACCUUAAUUAUCUUUCUUUUUUUCUGACCAAUUUUGAAUGUUUUGGAUUUCUAUCUUACUGUUUAUGUUUUCUUUAAUGUUUCUGUGAGUAUUUUGGAAUUGUUUUAUUUUGUGAACAAUAGUUGAUAAGUUCUUAAUUUGUUUUCUCCUCUGUGUAGCGUGCAUGUGCCAUUUUUAUUUAAUAAGUACCAGCCUUCAAAUAUCC